UCGCACGAUAAACAAAACAAACCCCGCGUUCCUCGCGGCUCUUGAAUGAUCUUCGCCGCGGUGUUCCGCAGGUCCGUCCUCGUUCGUCGCGUUCCGUUUUGUUCUUUUUGUGUGUGUCAGAAGUCUUUUGAACGUUUUCCCUCUGUGACCACCUUCAUUCACAGCCAGCGUUCAACACCUGGAGAGGCCCAGUCGUCUGUCAGCGAAGAGUUUCGCGAGUGUUUUUUUUCGUUCGUUCGUUUGUCGCCGGAACCACGUCCGGGAACCACUUUGUCCUUGCGUGUUUCGUGUGGUCCCCGCCUCACGGUGGUUGUUGUUCGGGAAGGUCACGUCGCGGAAGAACUUCCGGACAAACGGUUCCGGGUUUUAUCGAUUAGGUUUUUUCUUCUCUGUCGUGGUUUUGCGUUUGUGGGAAGAAGAAAGAAGAAUUUCGUGUGUGUUUAAUUUGUGUUCCCCGCGGGGAGAAUCGACGGGAAGUGUGCGGACAAUAGCUGCCAGGUGUCGAAGGUGCACCGUCCUCGUUCCGACUUUAUCCGGAAGUUCCUUCCGCAACUCGUUCGCCGGAAGAAACUCCCGAAGAAACAUCUGCUCCUCGCUCCGGAAUCGAUGACCGGCCGGAUGCGAUGAGGAUGGAGAAUCGACGGUACUUUAACCAGGAGGGCAAGGAGGCGAAAAACUUCUACCAUCUGUCCGACGAUGGGGGCGAGGAGAAGACCUACUUCCGCAAGCCACCGGUCAACCUGAGGCCCCGCUCGAUCCAGAGCGCCUCGCAGUGUAAAUCGGCGGCCAAGUCGGGCGCCCCACGCGUCCGUUCGGCCUCCACCGGGCGGGACAAAAAGUCCGAACUGCAGGCCCGCUACUGGGCCUUUCUGUUCGGGAAUCUGCAGCGAUCGGUCAACGAAAUCUACCAAACCGUCGAGUGCUACGAAAAUCUGCCCUCCUGCCAGGAGGCGAUUCUGGUGCUGGAAAACUACAUCCGCGACUUCCGGGCGCUGGCCGAAUGGUUCAAGGUUUCGUGGGACUACGAGGCGACGCCGCUGCCCCAGCGGCCGCAAUCGCUCGCGUGGGAGGUGCGCAAGAGCAACCCGGCGCCGCGCGUCCGCAAACCCAUCUCCAGCCCGGGCAUCUCGGGCAAGUCCAGUCCCAGCUUCUCCGGCAAAAACAGCCCGUGCCAUGCUGCGGCUGGCGCACCAACUGAAGAAUCCGUCACCGGCAGCACCAAAUUCUCCCCGAAGAAGCACUUUAGCUCGACGGAAAGUUUGGCCACCAAGAAGGGGGUUGGCGGUCGGAUGAUUCAGUGUCAGCAGCAGCCCCCGCAGCAGGUCGUGGAGUGUGGCAGUUUGGAGAAUUACGUGCUCAAGCUGGACCAGUACACGCAGACGAAUUUGGACGAUGAGAACUUGACGCUGGCGGAGUAUUUGGAAAAGUAUUGCAAAAAGGAGGAGGAGGUGAAGGUGGCGAGUGUUGAUGUUGUUGUUGAAGCGGUUGACGAAGUUAAGGUGGUUGAGGAGCUUGAGGAUAAAAAGGUUGUCGAGGAGAAGGUUGAGGUGAAGAAGGUGGCUGCACCGGUGACAAAAUACGCAGCUGUUGUUACGAGUGCGGUUACGAAGCCAGCGAUUCGAACUAGUUUGCAGAGCAAAACAGUUCCACCGGCGAGGUCUAUUCCUCCCAAGACGGUUAAGAUGACGGUGGCGGCUGCGCCAGCAGCUCCAAGCAACGUCCGCAAGUCGGCCACCCUGUCCAGUUUGUCGCAGAGCGUGACCAAAACGGUGUCGCUACCGGCCAAAAGUGCAACCGUUUCAAAUAUACACGCGAAACCGCCGAGUAUUCGUCCAGCCCCACCGAUUCGCAACCGGACUGUCCCUUCGAACGUGAGUUCACGCCUUUCGGCGCGCUCCAAGACCAUGAUCGAGAUCAACAAUCGACGAACCGAUGGGCUGAAGCAACCGGCUCCCCCACCAACGACCUCCAAGUUGUCCUUUUCGCGCAAAACUUCCCGCGACGACAUCGACAGUUCCAGCUCGACGCUGAAGGCCAGCACGGACCGGUUGGGGUCGCGAUCCUCAAUCAACGAGGGCUCCACCAAAGGUGGCCGCGUCCAGAACGUCACCAGUCGACGGUCGGAACCAAAAAGCAUGCCCUCGGACGCCAACGGCAACGACGGUUGGUACACGGUCAAGACGAAACGUCGCUCCAGUCUCCACUGGGCCACCCGAUUCAACCAACCCAGCGGCUACGCCAGCCUGCCAACGCUCUCCCUACUCGACGAAAACGGCAACGCCGAAGAGGCCGACAAGCAGGAAUCGUCCGAAAACGUCAGCAAACCCAAACCAGCUGUGACGACCUCAAAACCCAAACCCAUUCCCACAGUCAAACCCAAAAACCCACCCUCCAAACCAACGACCGCUCCCACCAUCCCGAAACGCCCCACUACGGCCCCCGCCACCACCAAGAAAUCCACCCCGGCCCCGGCACCACAAGUCCCCGCCAAACCAACGCCCGCGCUCAACGGUCCAACGCGCCAAAAGUCCGACCUCACCGGACUCAAGCUGAAAACCCUACAUCGGGAGUUCCUCCGCAACGAGAAGCUCAAAUUGAAGCCGGUGGAUGAUGGCGCGUCCGCGCCGGAACCGCUGCAACAGGAAAAGGUCGAGCCGGUGGUGGUGGUUCAGGAAGACGUCGCCGCUGCCGCCGCCGUUGCGCAGCUCAACAAGGUGGACAUGAAUAUUCAGACAAACUUGGUGUCGUCCACCAUUCAGAAUCUGUACGAAAAGUGUUUGGGGACGGAUGAGGGAGGGGGUGAUGGAGAGGGAGUUGGGGUGAAGCAGGCUGGAAGAGUGGAAUUGCAGCUGUCCAGUUGUGAUGAGUUGGAGGAGCGGGAGGAUAUGGAGAGUGAUGAGGAUCAGCGCAAGUUGCUGGAGGAGCAGGAGAGUUUGGAGGCGCAGAUUCGGGAGCUGGAGAAUACGGAAAUUGACAUCGACACGGAGACGGACGAAACGGACUGCGAGGCCAUCAUCGAUCUCGAGGACAACGAGAGCUGCGUGGAGAAUCUGGAAACGGUGCACGUGAACGGGGACGCCGGCGGAGACGAAGAGAUGACGCUGGAGAUGCGGUACGAGUCGGUGUUGGCUGAAAUGACCUGGGUGGAGCGAGCGCAAACGUUGGCCACGCUGCAGGCCCUGGUCGCGCGCCAUCCCGGAAGGGCUCAGCAGUUGCAUGCGAAGCUGUCGAGUCCGUCGCGGCGCCGGUCGCUGCACGAAACGUUGAAAAAGUACCAGGCCAAGCAGACGCGGGCAACGGAGAAACGGCUCGCGUUGCAACGGGAGAAGGCCACCAAGAUUCAGCAGCUGCUGACGCGCGUUGAGGACGUCAAGACGGCCAAACAGCAGCUGAUUGAGAAGAAGCGGAUGCGCAUGGAGGAGCGGUUGCAACGGGCGGCGGAGAAUCGGUCCCAGUACUUGAAGGAUAAGAUUAAGAAGGCGCACGACGAGGAGGAGAAGUUGAAGGAGAUUGCGUUCAUUAAGAAUUUGGAAGCGCAGAACAAGCGGUUGGACUUUAUUGAGUCGUGUAAGGAGCAGGAAGGGCGGUUGCAGGAUCUUGAGACGGAACGGCAGAAAAAGGCCGAGGAGAAAGCGGCGAAGGAAGCAGCCGUUGAGCGGAGACGUCUGGAGAUCGAGCAGGAACGCCAGAAGAAGCUUCAAAUCAUGAGCGAGUUUCGGAGGGAACGGGAGAAACGAGUUGGCAAGAUGCAAGAGCAAAAGGAAAAGCAACGCAAAGCGCUAGCUCAGGAAAAAGCACGCGAUCGCGAGGAACGCCUUCUCGCUCUUCAAGCACAACAGCAAGCCACAACCGAAGAACUCCAACGUAAAAUCAUCCAAAAGCAGCAGGAAUCCGCCCGCCGCCACGAAGAAAACAUCGAACACAUCCGCCAGCGUGCCGUCGAACUCACCAUCCCAACCCGCAACGCCGACGAGCUCAACUGCAACUCCAAGCCCGACCAGGAGAACGAGGACAACCUCAGCGUGAGCGACAAAGGCAAAGAAAACGGCAACGCCAAAGCCAACAAGAAACGCCUCCGCAAACUGCGUCUCCGCAUGGUCCAGGAAGCGGACGAAUACAUCGCGGAACUUCAACCACUCACCCCGCAAAUCCGCAAGCAGAGCCAAGUCCCAAAACUCCUAAACAGCAUCGUCAAAGGUGGCGGACCGGUCGGCGUUGAACGCCCCCUGGGUCAACUCCUGCGCCUAAUGGCCAAGGCAGAGGUCGUUGACUUCCAGUCUAUGUGGUUGCUCGAUGGCCUGAAAACCAUCGCCGACGUGAUCGAGCAGGGCAUGGAACCAAACUCGGAAAUCUCCAAACGGGCGGUCGUCAUUUCGGUGCAGCUGUACAGGAACGCGUGCUCGCUGUGUCCGCAGAUCAGCCGGCAUGCGAUCCUGGGGAACUCGGUCACCGUGCUGCUAGACGCGUUGCAGAUCAGCCUGAAGACACCGGAGGAGAAGAGCCCGCUGUACCCGGUCGAGCUGUCCACGGAGUUGAUACUGGCCUGCACGGUGGCGCUGUCGCCGACGAACUCACUCAAGCAGACACACCCAAAGGUUGUGGAACGCCUUCCGGAUCUCAUAAGUUACACAGUAUCGCUCGGCCUGAUCGAUACUUUAGUUAGAAAAUUCAACAAAAUCCAAGAAUCGGUGGAGAGCCAGCAAAGUUUGGUGCUAUCGGUGCUAGCCUCGCUCGGCCUGUUGACAAAGUUGGCAGAACUAUGUCCACGAGGUCCAGACGUUACCAAGUUCCUGACCACGGCCAAGACGACGGAACUGUUCGGCACGAUCUCGCUGCUGUACUCCACCAUCGUGCCUAUCGGUGAAUGCAUUCCGCCGAGAACGAUUUCGUUGGCGGCAGCCACCUUUAAUCUUCUGGUAACGCUGGCCAAUCUGGACAUAGCGACGUUUCAGCUGGUGCUAGCGGAGGAGAAUCUCUCGUUCAAGUUCCUGGACGUGGUCAGCAUCCUGCUGCAGUACUGCGUCCCCAAGUCGGAGGAGAAGGGCGAAACCCAGGCUGUGAUAAUCGACUUAAUAGCGACGUUAGGUUUCUUCUGUGCCAAUAAUAAGCUUAAUCAGGACCUGCUCAUCUCGGACCAAUCAUCGGUGAUAAUUAAAAGCCUCACCAAGUUGCCGAAGAAGUUCGACAUGGUCAUCUAUCCGACGCUGGUCACCGUCACGUACGAGAACGCCGAGGCCAAAGCCGUGCUCGGGAAAGACUUUGACAUUGCGUCCCUCGAAGAGUACAGCAAGUCGGAUCUGGCGAAAAAGAACAGGAUCUUGUCACUGCUGACGAGCACGACGACCAAGGCGGAGUAACCCCAUCGCCGGACAACUCCCCCGCGCCGGCAAUCGCGAUCUUAGGUCAGGUCAGUCCCGCCCGGACCAGAGCCCCGCUCAAAAGCAAUAAAUAAACGAAUGGAGCGGAAUCAAUAAAAAUGCGACAUAAAAGCGCAGUGAUUAAAGUUAGCAAUAAUGUCGUCGUUUAGCAGCAGCAGCAGCGGGCAGAAUUGGCCAACUUUUAAAAGAGAUGGUAUCGAUUUUGGCGUUGCACAAAAUUUAUUACCAGCUAAUGAGUUGAUCUUAUGCUAAGUAACGACGACGACGCGCCUCAGGUCCGACGCUUAAUUGUCUGCGCAGAAGUUUGUUUUGUUUCAAUGUUAAUGGCGUUUUUUUCAACUUUUGCUUUUGUUGCACUGCAGCAGUGUGUCACUUGCUGAUGAUAUUUGCCGUGGGGCACGAGCUGUGAAAUUUGCACUUGCUGAUGCAUAAAUGCAGUUUAAGUUAAGCGAUGCUGCUCAGAGUGCCGUGAAGCGAUAUUUUUGCACGCUUUUUAAACUGACAUAGUCUGCAUCUUAAGUAGUUUGGGUUUGUUUUGCACCGGUGUCAACUUUAAGUAAUCGGGUUUGAUCAUUUUUUUUUUGUUUUGUGUUGGGACUUCAUUUCAACUAAACAUGGUUACUCCCAACCUACGAUGCCAGAUUAUCACCAGAUCACAAUUCAGUUCAUAAAUUGUUAAAAUUUUGGAUUAUUAUCAAUUUUAAAAAAUCUGUACAUACAGAUUUUUAUGAUUUUUAGGAUCCAAAAAUCUUUAAAAUACAGAUUUAUCUGUAUAUCUGGCAUGGCUGCCCCCAACCCCCACAAAAGUUGGAAAGGUAACUUACACUCGCUGGUUCUCGGGCAUAACUCAAUCAUUCGGGACGAUUCUUUUUGUGUGCGAAUUGUAAGGAUUAGGUUAUUAACAAUAAAAUUAUCGAGGCUCGAUAACGAUUAAGAUAGUUCUAUCGUUAUUUCGAUAAUUCUAUCGGCGAUAAUCUUAUCGCCGGUAAUGGGCGAUAGUCCAUUUUUUAAAUCUUUCUAAAAUCGACUUAAUUUAAUCAUAUCAGUUAGUUAAUCAUUAAUCAUCUAGUUAGUUUCCAAAAAAAUAUAUACUCAAAAUUGUUCACAAAAUACCGUAUUUUUCGAAAAUAUGGGUAUCCAAAAACAGUGGCAGCAGGCAUG